AUGGAGAGACCAGCAGCGGAAAGCCACACCCCGGAGGCUGUUGCUUAUGGCUGUGACGAGGAACCGGAAGCGAACAGUGGUCGCGAAACUUCCGGCCGUGGAAUCAUCGCCGUUUCGGAUUCUGAUGAUGACGGGGCCACAGAGUCAUCUGGAGGAAUGAGCAGCAAGCAGCAGAAGUCCAGGAACCGCGUGGCAAAAGACCGCCAGAAGAAGGCCUCCGCCUACCGUAGAAUCAUCGCCGUUUCGGAUUCUGAUGAUGACGGGGCCACAGAAUCAUCUGGAGGAAUGAGCAGCAAGCAGCAGAAGUCCAGGAACCGCGUGGCACAAGCCCGCCAGAAGAAGGCCUCCGCCGGCCGUGGAAUCAACGCCGUUCCGGAUUCUGAUGAUGACGGGGCCACAGGGUCUUCUGGAGGAGAGAGCAGCCAACAGCAGAACCACAAGAACCACGUGGCACAAGCCCGCCAGAAGAAGGCCUCCGCCGGCCUUGGAAUCAACGUCGUUUCGGAAGACGGGGCCACAGGGUCUUCUGGAGGAGAGAGCAGCCAACAGCAGAACAGCAAGAACCACGUGGCACAAGCCCGCCAGAAGAAGGGUCUUCUGGAGGAGAGCAGCCAACAGCAGAACCACAAGAACCACGUGGCACAAGCCCGCCAGAAGAAGGCCUCCGCCGGCCUUGGAAUCAACGUCGUUUCGGAAGACGGGGCCACAGGGUCUUCUGGAGGAGAGAGCAGCCAACAGCAGAACCACAAGAACCACGUGGCACAAGCCCGCCAGAAGAAGGCCUCCGCCGGCCUUGGAAUCAACGUCGUUUCGGAAGACGGGGCCACAGGGUCUUCUGGAGGAGAGAGCAGCCAACAGCAGAACAGCAAGAACCACAAGCCCGCCAGAAGAAGGCCUCCGCCGGCCGUGGAAUCAACGUCGUUUCGGAUUCUGAUGAUGACGGGGCCACAGGGUCUUCUGGAGGAGAGAGCAACAGCUUGGAACGGGAGAAAUACGGAGUCCGCACACCGCCAAGCAAUGACCAGCGCCGCAGCUCACACUCGAUAG